UUGACAGUGACUCAACUUAGUCAGUAUGACGUUUACAUACUGUUUUGGAUAAGUUGAAAAAAAAAUACUCAAACUUAGUAAAAUUGAUGUAGUGAAAUGGAUCCAAAUAAAAUUAAAAAUGCAUCAGAAGGUAUUGCCCCUAUGGGUAUAACAACUUUAAAUGAAGCAGUGCUCAGUAACCAGCCUGAAUCCAGGUAUGAAUGCCCAGUAUGUCUGAACUGGUUACGGGAUCCAGUUAUAACCACUUGUGGACACAAAUUUUGUAAAAGCUGUAUUACUUCAUGGUUACAAAACAGUGGCCACUGUCCAAUAGAUAAUAUCAAUCUCAGUAUGAAAGUUGAUAUUUUUCCUGACAAUUAUACUAAAAGGGAAAUUCAAGAACAAAGAAUGUCAUGUCCUUUUGCAGCUAAAGGUUGUGCGGUCAAAGUGACCCCACUCGAUCUAGAUACACAUAUUGCUGUAUGUGAGUUUAACCAACCCGAGGCUUCUUCUCAAUCAAAAGUCAGGGUUCCAUGCUCGUUCCAGGCCGUCGGUUGCAAGGAAACCUUUGAUAGUCAAGAAGAUAUGAAUGCCCAUUUACAUAAUGACAUUCAAAACCAUAUGAGUUUCCUAAUGAAUGCAUAUUCCAAGAUUCAAAUCGACAGUGACAUAUCUAAUGCUAGUAUUGAUGCCAAGGAACAAGAGGCCAUGUGUCUGUGGGAAGCACCGGACAAAAAUGGGGAACAAAGCACCUCUGCCCCACUCAGUAAUACUAGCGCUCUUAUAAGGGCACUGUAUGAGAGGGUUGUAGUAUUGGAACAAAGAAAUCGUGAGCAGGAUAUAGUAAUAGCUAACAUGUCGAAGCAGCUCUCUGCAUUCGCGGUGGCGAAAAUGAAACAAAACAAUGACAUGCUUCUCCGCUACUGUAUGGGAAAUUAUAUCUGGAAAAUCGACAACUUCAAGACGAGAUUAGACGCCAUGUUGAAAGAUCACUUCAAAAUGUUGUACAGCCCUGGAUUUUAUACGUCACCAAAUGGUUACAGAUUCUGCGUCCGUCUAAACAUAUCCCCACAAAAUCCUCACUGCUUCGCGCUCCACGUGCAUCUGAUGAAGACUGAAUACGACCACUGCUUGGAGUGGCCGUUCAACGGACGCAUAACCUUCGCCAUGAUCAACCAAUACGACCCCGACAUGACGCAGAGGGACACCAUGAUGUCCAACUCCAGCCUGAUAGCCUUCAAGAGGCCCACCGCUGAAAUAUGUGUUCGCGGCUUCGGUUACACCGAAUAUGCGGUUGUGAGUGAUGUCAUUAGGAACGGCUUUGUUAAAGAUGACAUGCUCAUAAUACGUGUUAAUAUCAGGUAUGUAUGACGUAAGGAGUAAUUUUAUGUUUGUUCUCAAUUAUUUUAUUAUAUAAUCUGCGUGCCAUCAGAAUAGGAUGUCUUUUUGGAACGAUACGCGGAUACGCGCAGUCCGACCAUCAGGGAGUAGCGUCGGCAAACUCUGCGAGACGUUUUUAUUUAUUUGUUUGUAUGAUAUAUUAGUAUUUUUUCACGGGAUUUGUUACUCAAUUAUUGUAAAGAUUUAAAAAAAAACUAUCAUGCAAAAUAAUUCUGGCAGUUAAACAUACAUACCUACAUAGAAAUAAAUUAUAAUCGUAUAAAACCAUGUGCCCUGAUUGGUUUCCCAGAGUCGAAUAGUUAUUAUUUAGAAAUUCUUUGCUAACGCUCCUUCACUCGAGAACGGUCAUUUUCGAUAAACAUACUUUGACAAAGUUCCAUCACAUUCUCAUGGCGCGCAGAUUACAACAGUCUUAUGUAUAGUCUUUAGUUAUUUUUGUGCAAGAAUGUAAGAUGCAAUAUUUUGAUCUGUUAUUUUUAUAUUAUAAUGUUCUAAGACUUAUAAAAUGUAUUAACCAUUGUAACUAUGUCCGUCCAUUAAGACAUUAAUACAAUAACUUUAUAAAGUUUAUUUAGCUUGUUGUAAAUCAUAUUCAUAUUGUUAGUAAUUAAAAAUAUAUUGUUUAAGGAGAUUAGACAAGAUCUGUUAGAAUAUUCUUAACGUAACAUUCCCAUGUUUUUCUAUUUAUAUAGUAAAUCAAUUUUAAGAA